GUGGCGCCGCCCGUCCUGGCCCAGAGCGGCGGCGCCGUCGGUCCGGCGGGUGGGGAGGGGACUGUCCCCGGGGUGGCGGGAGGUCCUGGCCCGAGCGUCGGAGCGUGAGCUGCCUCGGUUCUCGGCGAGGUGGAGGCCUGGAGUCCUCGAAAGAAGGCGSGUGCUGCCGGCUUCCUCAGGUGCGCCGCAGGGACCGCACCGGGACGGCGGCGUGAUAACCUGCACUUGCAUCGAGAGCCAUGUGGUCAGCUGAUGAAAUCGCUGGGCUAUGUUACCUACAUUAUAGGACCAGACUUCCUAAGCAGGGGAAACCAGAUCCAAACAGGGAGUGGACUUCCCUGGCAGCUAUUGUCAAAGUGGAGUCUGCAGCCCAAAGAGACGUUCCUGUUAGUUCAGGAAACUUUCAGGUAGCCAUGGAAGUUGUUGCAAUGGGAACUGGAACAAAAUGUAUUGGCCAAAACAAAAUGCGAAACACCGGAGACAUUCUGAAUGACAGUCAUGCUGAAAUUGUGGCCAAGAGGAGCUUCCAGAGGUAUCUUCUCCAUCAGUUGUGGCUUGCAGCUUCCCAUCAGCAAUGUAUCUUUAGUCCAGGAACUGAAACUGGGAAAUGGAAACUCAAACCCAAUAUCACAUUUGUUUUCUUCUCCAGUCAUACCCCAUGUGGAGAUGCUUCUAUUUUUCCAGUCAGUGAGCCAGAAAACCAGCUUUCUAAGCCCCUGACUGGAGGUCAUGCAGCUGGACAAUCAGCAGGAUGUAAAAGUAACCAGAGUCACUUGUGUCUAGAAGAUAAAAAGAAAUCAGAGAAAAUGGCAAAUAAUCAUAUAAUCAAGAGACUGAAAACCGAUGAUGAUGGUUGUUUUUCCAUAGUCACUGAAAACCUGGCUGUUCAGCAUGAAUCUGUGAAACGAGAAGACAACGCAAAUCAAAAGAGCUGUGAAUGUUCCGCAGAGCUGCAGACAAUUAAUAAGGAGACUGGCUUAGUGAGACCAGAGGUAGUAGAUGUUCAUAGAACUGGAGCAAAAUGCGUACCUGGAGAGCUGGAUGAUGCCCGAAUACCUGGGCUAGGGUACCACUGUGUGGGAUUACUACGAGUGAAGCCAGGUCGUGGAGACAGAACAUGCUCUAUGUCCUGCAGUGAUAAGCUGGCUCGCUGGAACGUGUUAGGGUGUCAAGGAGCGCUUCUGAUGCAUUUUCUGCAGUAUCCAGUGUAUCUGUCAGCAGUUAUAGUGGGGAAGUGUCCAUAUAGCCAAGAAGCUAUGCGGAGAGCAGUUAUUGAAAGGUGUCAGCACAUCUCACCCUUACCAGACGGUUUUCUCACCCAGGAGGUUAAGCUGUUGCAAUCAGAUCUUCAAUUUGAGCAUAGCCGUCAGGCGAUUCAGGAAGUUCAAACUAACAGCAAAACAAAACUUGUUCCUUGUAGUGCAGCUAUCAGUUGGAGUGCAGUCCCCGAGCAACCUCUGGAUGUCACCUCAGAUGGCUUCCGCCAGGGAACGACAAAGAAGGGGAUUGGGAGCUGUCAGAGCAGAUCCAAAAUCUGUAAAGUGGAACUCUUUCGUAAAUUCCAAAAGCUGGUGACAAGUAUUUCACAAGAGGAUCUACCAGACACUCUACGGAUGAAGACUCUAAAAACCUACUGCGACUACAAGGAAGCUGCGUUAAAUUAUCAGGAAGCCUGGAGAGUGUUGCGUAGCCAAGCUCUGCUGGGUUGGGUCAAGAACGCCAAGGAGUACCAGCAGUUCACAUGAGAAUCAUGUAACUAUGUGAAUCCAGAAAUAAGCUGUGGUCCACAGCAGAUGCCUCUGCAGUUCAAGGGCCAGGAAAAGAUGCCCUCUAGUUUAUGCGCUGUGAAGAGACAGGAGUGAAAACGAGAGCAAUUAGAGAGUACUUACUUACUUUGGUUGAGUUGCAGCCCCCUUCUUAUGGCAAUGUGGAAAAAUAUCAUUGCUGACUUAAAAUUCUGAACUGCAUGAAACAAUAUGCCUCCAAAAGAAAGGAAGCAGUGAUGUGCUAUCCCGAUACCUGAGGAUAUGAUCUAUCAGCCAUAGUCAUUGCUGCACAAGUUAUGUCAACUGAAAUUGAAGCAGUGCCAUGGAAGACAGGCCAUCAUUGUAGUAAAAUGGUAGUGCUGCUUUUUUCUUCCUCUUCUCAUAAUGUGGUUGUUUUUCUGUUGCUGGGACACCCCUAAUGUGUAGUAAGUAAUACUUUUAUAACUCUUGAGCCCGGAAGAGUUUUCUGUCCCCCCCAACCCCAUUGCUGCUAAUUGGAAAUACUAGUUCUGUUAAAGAGUCAUUUUUUUCUAGGAAUCCUUUAUUUACACUGCUAUUUAGUAAAUAUAGCCACAGAUAUCGCCACAGCAGAAGCAAAAGCACUGGGGAGGAGUCUGUGUCAAAUAAUACCACUUAAUGAUAUUGUGUGCAUCUCAAUUUCAGGACUUUUGACAGAUAACCCUUCAACUGCUUUGUUUCUACAGAGAGGAAAGAAAUCUCCUGAACUACCUGGUUCGAAUUGGCCAUUCCUGUGUAAUUAGAGGCAAACAUUGACCUGCUUUUCAGUGUUUCAGGCGCUCUUCAUCGCCCUGCCCCGCUGUGGGAAUGGUCAAUUAAAAGCAGAAAUGCCUCAGCCAUUUACGUCACUGUUCCCCGUGUUCAUUAAUAGCCUGGCAAAGGUGGAAAUUUGGGGAGUACUGAAAGUAGUCUCUGUCAUGUCUCCUCUAGUCUCUAGUCCUUAUGCUACUUUACCAGCUAACAUCUGCAUGGCAAAACAAUCAGCAUUGUGAGCAGUUGUGGAGGGAGCAGUGUGUAAUCCUCCUUAAACUUUCUGUCCCAGUUAUUGCCUUUCGUGAGCAAUUUCAGGACUGUGUAACUUCUAUUGAGCACACUCCCCUUUUGUAUUUUUCUCUUGUAAACCACAUUCAUAAAAUAUCCGGACAAGGCAGUUGCAGAAUGAAGUGGAUAAUUUAGAACUUAAGAAUUCUUUAGUGGUUUGAAUUUUUUUUCCCUUUGGUAUCCUAUAAUUUUGGAUGUGAAAAAUAGGUGCAGCAGAUCUCCUAACGGCGUUGGUGGUCCACCUGCUGAGCUGGUAUGUGGGACCAAAUGGUACACAUCGCAUUACAGUUUGAGAAUUGGUAACAGCAAAUCCUUUUACUUCACACCUAGGUUAACUUGUCAAGUAAGGAUAGUUCUCUUUUACUUGUUGAAGARAUAACAAAUAACUUGAAUUCUGUGUGUGUAUGCCCAUUCUGUCAAAUCCAGCACUAACAUGCAGAAAGGCCAGUUGUAUCGGUGAGGGGGAAGUCACUGUAUGUGUUCAUAGAGGGCAUGGGAUUUUGGAGAUUAGUGAUUUGCCUUAGUCAUCAGAGGAUAAACCAUUCUGCACAUGGGCUGCAGGGUGUACUGUUGAAGAUAAAUGGUAGCAGUUACUCUAAUAGAGCAAGUGUCGGAGUUAACCAUUUGUCGAGCGGCGGGAGAAACGCAUACGACCACCGAGAUGAUCUGCAGAACUCGUUUAUUCCCUCAGUAACCACAGCUUUUAUGCCCAUGUUCGCUAACAGUAAUCAACCUCAUAGAUAUUACAAAAACUGAGCUCCUUAUAGGCUACUUUAGAAACAAUGCCUUUAUGGCAACUUUGCCAGUUAGCCUCUCAAGCUAGCCCCAUUAUGUCUGGGGGGAAUACAAAAGACCUCUUGUAACUUUCUGCUGCAGGUACCACUCGCAGCMGACGGCUGUUAGCGCCUUUUAGCUAUACUGAGGUCGGGCAAUUCCAGAGUAGUCCACGUCCCUUAUCGUCCCUUAUCGCGUAGCCAGCUUUUAGGCAGGUUCUCCACAAGCAAGUAGCAUUCUAAGGAUAGAGUUCUGUAGCGUACCUAAACAGCUUACCAGUAGAUGUUGAGGUUCCUGAAAUUUACUUACGUUCUUCCCUGAAAUAAUGCAGAAACUAUUGACUUACCCUACCUAGCUUCCAUGUCUGCAGUGAACCUGCUGACCGGAGUGGAAUGUUCCCAUUUCCUAUCCAGCUGCAAUAUUAAAAUGGUUUAUGUAAGACUAGUUCUGAAGUCUUGCCAUCAGAGUAGUUUUGAGAUGAGCAGUUAUAUGGGUCAAAUUUUUUUAAACUCUUUUUAAAAUUUGAGCUUGGCCGUUAGGAUUAUUUGUUGUGAGAUUUUUUGUGCAUUUGUGAAAUACUUAUGAACUGUAGACUGAUUCUUUUCUGUUACUUGUCAGGUUUAAAAUUAGUUUUUGAGUUGCUGAACGCUGAUGCUAACCUCACUUUUUGGAUAGAGUGGAGGACAUACUUAAGCCUAGAGCAAAUCAAUGAAUAUGAAAAGAGAGGGAAGGAGCUGGAAGAAAACCAUCAAAAAAACCAUAAAAGGCUGAGGGACUAGGCCUGAAGGACCUCAUACUCAACUGGAUGGCAUUUCAGUGAUGGAAAAUCAGUACUUAAAUGCUGCAUCUGUUUAAUUCCAGAAUGUCAGGAAAUGCUGCAGGCAGUACCAUGAAAUUGAAACUCUUAAAAAUCAGAAGGGAAAAAUGCAGAGAUAGGACAGAAGAGUCUUUUCUUUUGUAAGCGGUAGCAAACUAAAUUUUGAUCAUUGUCAGCAGGUCUUUGGAAGAUUUGUUCCUGGAAAGUAACGGUUGACAUGUUCCAAGCUUGCAUCACUUUUUUGUACUGGGAUAGCUGACAUCCUGAGAAACAAAUAUUGGCAAGGCAUGGAGAGGACAGCAGAAUGCAGACCCUGCCACAGGAAAGCAGAGUUAGCAGGAACACGAGUCGUAAGAAUGAAGUUCCUGCAGUUCAUGGUUAAUGAGGACAAGCAAACAAUUGGUAGUGGGAGCAGAGCAUAGGAAGGCAUCAAGAUUCCCACCACGUGUAAAAUGAGCACAUACGUAUUACCAGAUAGGUCCUUCCUUGCCCAAACUUGUUUGGGAACCACUGCCCCCAAAUUGCCAGGACAAAGAAACUGUAAUCAUUGAGUGGGAUGGAUGUCUCACUAUUGGAGAUGUAGUUCUGUUUUCAAUCAUAGUAAGAAGGCAGGACAGACUGCCUGCUUAUCAUUUAGGAGGUCAAUACCAGAGCAUAGAAACAAGUGUUUUUGUCCAAGGGUUGGAGUAAUCAAUCUGUUUGACCUUGAGGCUGCAGUGCCAUGAGACAAGAUGCCAGCAUCCCACUUUGGAAUUUCAUCUUUGGAAAAGCAARGUUUUGACUUUCACCAGUGUGCUUCACCAGUGUGCUUCCACCUUAAGACAGGCUGGAAGGCUUACUGAUCUCAGUACCUUCUGAGUAAACUGAGGACUGUUGAAAUUACUAUAUUUGUAGAAAAACAAACCGUGACUCCAAAAGGUGCAGCCUUUCACUAGCAGUUAAAUGACCUGUGAGUAAGCACUGGAGGAAAGGAACAGCUAGGGCUAUGCUGCCGAGGGCAGGAGAAUUCUGUUGGCAAGGAGGAAAGAAAGGUAUUUGAGUUCUUUCUCUCAGAGUAUCUGAUAAUUUCAUAAGACGGCUUCAACAAUGAGAGUUACAUAAUACAUACAUAUUAACAUACAUACAUAAUAAAUACAGGUAGAAGCAAGAUAAUCUUGGAGGAAAAACCAUCUAAAUGGUCUCAAUUUGGCCUGAAUACUAAAUAUUUACUGAUAACUAAAGUCAUCCAGUACUAAUGGUUUAGUUAUACUGGAGAUGACAUUUCAGUUUGGCUUCAAGAUAGGUGACAUGUUGCUGCAAGAAUAGUGAGGUAUUUCUACAUUUUUUGUUCAGUGCAUAAAUGGAAGGGUUAACAGAAAAUGAAGAUCAUAUGGGAUCAAAUGCUUUUUAAAAUUUUACAAGAGUGUACUGUCUAAAGGGAUGCAUUUCAUCUAUGUAUUUCAAGAGGAAACCUCUUGAUGUUUUGUUGCCAUUUUAAGUGCAUCUGCCGAUGAAAAGUAAAGUUACUGCUGCACAAUAUUUAUCCAUACAUUCUCUGGAAUUAYUUACAUGUCUGGGCUCCUAAAUCUACACUAAUAAAUACAGAGAUGUUAAAGACAGGAGUUACAUGGGGUUUUUACGGACUUACAAAGGGUAAUCCAAGAGUCACCUCAACCAUAACAACUUCCCUUGCUUUUAGAUACAGCUAUUUGCUAGCAUGCAAUUAAUUUAUCUAGCAUUUUAAAGUUAUGUUUCUUACUCUCCUGUUACCAGCUAAGAAAAAAUAUUGGUACCUGUAGAAAAAACUCUGUUUCCUUUUUGCUGAAACUUCAGAACAUUUUCCAGUAAUAAACAGUAAUUUAAAAAAUCACAGAUGAAAUCUCCUUCUUAAAUCUUAAUCAAAAAAUCUGUUAUGAGUAAACACUAAUGUGUAGAAAGGGGGUUAAAAGGAAUUCAGGAUGGAAGCAGUGAUGGAAUGUUUCCUAAAGUAGUGCUAUACAAUGCAGUGCUAUUCUGAGUAAUGAAAGGCUUAGUGAGAUCAACAGUGCAUUUUCAGAUGCAGUAAGCACAUGCAGUUACCAUGACAAGCCUCAGUAAUAGGGUAGGGUCAACAUUGGCUCCUACCUUCUGUCAAUACUUGCGAAUGACUGCAGAGGGAAACAAUUCCAGGCAUAAUGUUAUCUUCAUGGGAGUCUGAGUUAGUAUGAAUUUGAGUAUGGAAAGUGAUGAAUUUUGCACUAAAAUCUUAGGCACCACAGAGGGUGAAAAUGAAGUGAAACUUUUAUCAGGAAUCUAAACUAACUGUAUUCGGUGUUUCCUUGCUGGCUUAGGAAGGUCGAAGUGAUGCUACCUUUUCAACCCUGCAUUACCCUUUAACAUCGGAGUGUGAACUCCAGCACUGUGCAGUUAGGUCAGUUAGGUGUUUUUCCACCCUCUCCCACUCAAUCUACAGAUUUGCCUCUUUGCCUGUAAGCAGAAGUAGCUGUGUAAUAUAGUAGCUGUGAGAUACGUUAGCUCUGAAACUAGUGGCUUUGAAACCUACAAAGAGCUCCGUGUUUCUUCCUUCUAUCAUCAGCCACACAGCAAAAUUUGAGAACCUGUUCAACGUCUAGUAAGUAAUUUAAGCAGCU